CCCACUCUGCCCGCCGUCGAUUCACCGCGCUGCUCUUCCCGCAUCCGCAACCAAGUCUGAACUGAUUUAAUAGUCUCCGCAGCGAGAGCAGAAGCACAGUAUGUCCUGGAAAGGUAUCCAGAAGUCCGUGGCGCGGGCACCGCAGAGUCUGCGCCAGAAAAUGAAUAUCGGCGAGCAAACGAAGGAUGCAGUCUUUAUCGAUGCCGAACGGCGGUUCAAGGAACUGGAAAACGAGACAAAGAAACUGCAUGAUGAGUCUGCAAAGUACUUUGCGGCAAUUAACUCGAUGUUGACCCACCAGAUCGAGUUCUCAAAAGCGAUCGAGGAAAUCUACAACCCCAUCAGCGGCCGCGCCUCCGAUCCCAAUGCCGCGAUCCCGGAAGGCAACCCGGAAGGUAUCGCCGCGUGCGAGCAGUACCGAACGAUUGUGAUGGAUCUCCAGGUGACGCUGCAGCCCGAGCUGGAGAUGCUCGAUACGCGAGUCGUGAAGCCUGCGGAGGAGAUGCUCGAGAUCAUCAAGCAUAUUCGAAAGCUGAUUGUCAAGCGUCAGCACAAGCAGCUCGAUCUUGACCGGCACCAUAAUUCACUCAAGAAGUUGCAGGAUAAGAAGGAGCGCACGCUGAAGGAUGAGAAGCAGCUGUACAAGUACGAGAACGACUUUGAGAUUGCACAGCAGGAGUACAACUACUACAACGAUCUGCUGAAAGAGGAUCUACCAAAACUGUUCCAGCUCGAGACAGAGUUCAUCAAGCCUCUGUUUCAGUCGUUUUACUACAUGCAGCUGAAUAUCUUCUACACCUUGUACGAGCGCAUGAAUGCCAACAAUAUCGCGUACUUCAACAUGGACUCUACGGUCGACAUCGAGACCGCGUUCAACACCAAGCGGGGAAAUAUCCAGGAGAUCGCCGAGGCCAUCCCGAUAACACACUUCAACCUCAACCGAUCAAAGAAGAAACUCGCCGACACAAAGUUGAGAUACGCGCGUCCCGGUGGUGCCGCUGGUGCGGCUGGGGCAGGUAGUCCUCUUACGCCUGUUGGAACCGGAUUUUCAGACGGAACGGCUGCGCCUCCGCCGUACGGCUAUGGUGAGUAUGCGCAGCAGCCGGGCGCAGCAGAGUAUGCUCAGCAGGGAGAAUAUGCUCAGCAGCAGCAGCCGUACAGCCCUGCUUCAUACGCGUCAGCCAGUCCAGCGACGCCGGGUGCGCCGUACAGUCCGCAGACUCCUGCCUACGGCCAGCCUGCGUACUCACAGCCUGCUGCUGCCGCUGCUUUGCCAGCGUAUCAGCAGCCAGCCGGGUACACAGGGUAUCCUGCGGAGAAGAAGGCGCCGCCAGCACCUCCUGCCAAACCAGCGUCGAUGGGAGCCCCUGGUGUGGAGUACUGCACUGCGUUGUACCCGUACAAUGCGCAGGCGGAGGGAGACUUGACGUUUGCAGCCGGUGACCGGAUCGAGAUUGUUCAGCGGACGGCGGAUCCCAACGGAUGGUGGACAGGAAAGUUGAACGGUUACCAGGGUGUUUUCCCGGGCAACUAUGUCCAGCUCGAUGCGUGAGGUUGGGUUGUUGUUUGGUUUGGGUUGAGGUGACCGAUGUACGAAAGGAGGAGGAAGGAAGCAGUGGUUUUUUUUGUUAUUGUAGACAGAUAUGUGUGAGAGGAGGCGACAGUCAGACUCGACCGUUGAUAUCUUCUUUUUGAUUUCUAUUAUAUCUCUCUAUUUUUUGUUGCAUAUACUUUUGAGCUUUCCCAGUAUAAUCCUGUUCUUGCUGCUUUGUGUGUUUAGUAUCAUUAUUUGUGUUUGAUAUUCUUUUUUGAGCUCAUAAAAUAGCAUCUAUUAUUCCAUAUUCCAUAUUAAUGUGCAAUUAGAAUAGAGGGGAGUAGUUAUGUUGAGUAUUCAUAAGAUCUCUGAUAUGAAAUCCGAGUGCAUAAUUGGGAGUUUUUGAAGGUUUUGAGUUGGGCGGCUGGUUCUUGGCCCCGCGCUCGUCAUGGA